AUGGCGUCCGAAGUUAGUGGAUUUCGCACAAUCUGCGUAAAAUUUAACGAGAAAUGUAGCUCUUACCACUUUUUGUUUUGUAAAAGACAUUCCACACGAGAUGAAGAUGCAAAAAAGCCACCAGAUAAGACGCUUUUUGUCGUAAAUAUCCCACCAUAUUGCACAAAAGUAAGUGCCUUUGGAACACGUUUUGUACACUCAAAUUGUGUCUAAUCUCGCUACUUGCUAUAAUUUUAUUGUAAUUCUAUCUUGCGGUACUCUUACUAUGAUUUUGCCUUUCAUAAAUUUUCUUAGGGAGCCUUAAAGCGCUUAUUUAGCUGUUGUGGUGCAAUAAAAGAUGUUUAUCUUGUGAAGCAACCUGGGUCGGAAGAAAAGGAGACAACAAGUUUAGUCAUUCCCUCUCAAAAAGUCAAGGUAGAUUUACAAAGUUUCCCAUAUGCUUAGUUUUAUGAAAGUCUCUUUCACCAAACAUAUGUAUCUCCCAUACACAACAACAGUAAGCAAGGCCACGUUCUAGCAGAGCCCCGUGCAUGGCCCGUAGCGCCUAACUUUUGUUCCCAGGCGACUAGAAAAUCUUAGCUUUUUCAUAGAAGUCAAAUGCUGGGCACACUAGACUUCACAAGUUCAGAGCACUGGGCUCCCUUCAAUUUUUCUUAUAGCAAAGCCUUGAGUAAGUUUUCAUGCACCCCGCGAGCGCACAGAGCCUCCUUUUGCCUUCUUCUUGAUUGAGGUGGGAAAAGGAUGCCCUGCUUAUAAAUAGCGUUAAGUUAGCAGUUAAGUAUUUUGAAGCUGCAACAGUGCAAACUUCUGGACUAGUUAAUAUUGUUUACUUUUCAAACACAGUUGUGAACGCAAUUAAUGCAAUUGUGUAAGAAGCCUGAAAAAAAAAUUCAGGACUUCAAUGGGAUUUGAACCCGUGACCUUGCGAUACCAGUGCAAUGCUCUAACCAACUGAGCUAUGAAGUCACUGAUGUUGGGAGCUGGUCAAUUAUGUGUUUGUUUAGAGAAUCACACUGGUAUCGCGAGGUCACGGGUUCAAAUCCCAUUGAAGUCCUGAAUUUUUUUUUCAGGCUUCUUACUCAAUUGUGUAAAUCAUGUUCACAACUGCGAGGAUCUUUCUUCAUUUGAUUUCAUUUUGGCAGUUCUUAUAUGAUUUAAACUCAUCACCAAUUGAUGAGCUUGGGUGUUGGUGCCUACAAAGUUGGUGGAGUGGCGCAAUGCUCUAGCAUGAGGAGGAGGUAUCCAUGGCAACCCUGCGAGCGACCCCCACCAGGCACCGUCACACUGAACAAUUCAGUGGAAUACUUACCGACCCAAUACUUACCUAGCCCAUACCAAGAGGGAGGGACGGAUGGGAAAAACCAAAGUACAAACUGGCACGCAAACAGCAAGCUAUUGCAACAACACUUUGCGAAGAACUGCAAGCAAGCAACUGUGUAUAUUAGUCACGAGGUGCCCCUGCUAGAGGCAUCAGGCCACCCCCUACUAUAGCUGGGGAAACAGCUGACCAGCAUUGCUUCGAGGUUAACUUUGCCUAAAUUACAUUUAGCCACAUUUAUUUCAUAUACAUCUAUCACAUUGUUUACUUUUGUCAAAUGUUAUUGGAGUGCAAGCUUCCAUUUAUUGAUAUAAAACCAAUGAUCAUAUUUGAGGCCGCUGUACCAGGUGCACAGCUGUUAGGCCUGGAUUCAAAACUGUAUCCAUGCACUUAACAGCAUGCAUGUAUGUACAAGCUCUGCUUGAUGCUUACUGAAAACUGGAUUGACUUAACAAUUGACUAACACUGGGAAUAUUUAUGUCAUUUCCUCUUUGUAGGGAUUCAAAGUUGGUUACAUUGUAUUUAAAAAAUCAUCUUCUAUAAAUACAGCGCUAGCUCUGGACAGCUCUACAAUAAGAGUUUUAUCAACAACAAACCAACCUGUCAUUACAGGGAUGAAAAGUAAGUUUUCAAGAAGUAUUAAAGUGUGGCAUUUAUAGCUAGCUUAAGUGUUUUCAAAAAGGCACCGCGUUUGGCAACUUUCAAUUUUGUUCUGAAAACAUUUUUAAUGCUCUCAUAUGUAGGGAAGGGGUGGGGAUUGGUUGAUCUUUCACUUCAGUAAUUUUGUACUUUGUAAUAUUUAUUGUUAUUGCAUUCUACAUUAGCUUAUGGAUCUGUCGUCUUUGGAGUCUUUACUCUUUUACAGAUUAUCUUUUUUGUAUGGCUUUUUUAAUCAAUAUUUUAAUUUGAAAUUUGUACCAUUAAAUUAUGAAUAAAUACAUACAUAAAUAAAUAAACAUCAUUUUAUUCAGAUGAGCAAUACAGCUGCAGGGUUUGCAAAUUUUGUUGAUCAGUGGAGUCACUGUGACUUCUGUUUCACAAAUUUUGGAGUCAUUUUGGAAUAUUUAGAGUUAAGUACAUCACCACGAAGAAAGCCAUUUUCAAACUUUCCAGCACAUGGUCCUGGCAUGUAUACACUAUCGUGAGGGAUACACGAAGUACCUGUGGCGGCCCGCUGACCUGGAAAGCUCAAAUCUAUGAUGGUGGUCAUCGAGUAAACUUUGAUCGUAAUUUACCCUCUUCCUGUUUCGUCGUGCAGUAUAAUUCUUUAAUUAAGGUUUAUAACGUUUACAAUUAACGUAAAUUGUAUUUGUUGCGAAAAAGGUAAGGACAAAACUGUUUUUGUUACCGAAAAUUUCUGGAGUCGAAGUGGCUCCCUGUUUGUUACCGAAAAUUUCUGGAGUCGAAGUGACUCCCUCCAUAACCUCUGUGGAGUCAUCUGAACAAUUUUGGUGUUGCGAACCCUGCAGCUGUCAUACAGCACACUUUUACAUAAAUAUUUAAUUGACUAUAUGAUAAUGUAUUUGGCAAAUUAUAAUGAUGGUGUGUGUCUGCUUUUCAGAGUGGAUUCAAGAAUACUACCAGCAAUACCCAGAUACUACAAAUUUACAAGCUGAAAUUGAUGAAUUUAUGGCAAAGUUUGAUGAGAACAAAGAACAGGUUUGCAUAAUGCCAGGUGUAAUGCUGACCAGUGACCAGAGUUUUUUGUUGUUUUUUUUUUUUUUUAAAAAGCUUAUGACCUCAAAAUUUUUUAUUUUUUUAAUUGAAAGUACGCAUUACUGUGGGAACCUCUGUUGAAAAAAAUUGUGAUUUGAAUGCAACAUGUUUUUUUUUUAGAAUUUUUUAAAACAAUUUUAUUAAAAUUGUUAUAUAGACUGAAACAAUGUGUCAGGUUCUUCUGCUGUGUAAGAGAGACUACCAAGGAAAACACAAGUUAGUGAUUGCAAAAUAGAGUUGAUGAGAUGUACAAAUAUUAAUGUCUCUUUUUAAAUGUUGCAUGUAUACAGCAUUGAAACUUAGUUCUACAUGGUUAAUGUUGUGUGUGUUGUCUCAGAUGGACAAAGAAGCUGCAGAGGCACUAAACCAACCAGAUGAUGAAGGAUGGGUGACUGUUGGAAGAAGUGGAAGGAACCCAGCAGCACCCAGAUUAGAUCCUGCUGAGUUAGAAGAAAAGCGGAAAAAGAAAAAGAAGGUACUUUAUCAUGUUUAAGUCCUUAGAGUGAUCAAUGGCUAAUUUCUGCUCAAAUGCCACUGCUUAUAGUCACACAAAGAGCUCAUGAGAAUGAGAAAGAUGAUCACUAUCAUAAGAAUAAAUACAUGUAAACACACUUUGUUAUUGAUAUAUAACCCCUGUUAGCUUACAAUUUACAGUUCUCGUCAUAAUUUAUUCGUUCAAGAAUAUACACAAAGUGUGACUAAGUAGAUGUGGGUGUAAAUGUGAUCUUUGGUUUCUUUUUUUUCUUUUUUUUGUAGCGAGCACUGUUAAAUUUCUAUCAAUUUCAACAACGAGAAUCAAGGAGAGAACGUGAGUAUCAGUAUUUGAUUAUUUAGAUAACGGUACUGUACUCGUGUAAGUAACACUACAGCUGUAGCUAGCUUCUGCAAGAUCACGCUCGCCUCUUGUUUUCCGUCACAAAAUUGCUAACCUGUGUAGCAAGCAUUCCCGUGCGGUUUCGGAGCAAAGAACAAGGAACGAGAGUCAAAUAUCGCAUGAAAAAUGGUGCGAGUAAAAGAGCGGGGAGGGGGUGGGGAAGAAUUUGCUAACCUAUCAGAAAGAUUUUUAAUUGAAGAUCGUACAUGUAAAUUAAACCAAAUCUUGGAGUAACGUCAAGAUUGUUUUUAACAGUAAAGGAGUAACACCCAUUAGACCUACUAUUUGAAGUCAUUUAGCACCCAUCGAGAAAAGUGUUGGUGAAAAAUAAUGAAACAUCUAGCCACCUGUGAAUCUUUGCAUGAUCCAACAAACGUUAGCCAACAAUAGUAGGAUCUUGAACCGCACAAUAAACGUUGCGGCAUACAUUCAACAAAUGUUGGCUCGCAAUUUUGGAACGAUUUUCUCACAUACAAAGUUGCCACUCAUUUUGUGUUAAUAGAGAGAUUAAGAUUUACAGCUAUGCCAAACGGCAAACGUCACACUCAAGUUGAGAAUUUCUCAGAAUAGAAAAUAAGCAGAUAAAGACUGUCCAGAACAAUUCUUAUGUAUAAAACUGGCAUGAAACUACUAAUAUUUUUAGUUGAAGUAAUAAACAGUUAACAACAAUUAAGGGAAAAACUUGGCCACAUGGUACAAAUUCACAAUUGCCGUUUGGCAUAAACGUGAAUCUUAAUCUCUCCACUGUAACAUUUAACCGUCCGAGAAGAAAGAAAUUUUGGCCAGCAGCAUCAAAAUGUUUUUGCCCACAUGCAACUUUACCAUCCAAACCUUUUUGUUUUCCCACACAUCCAACAUUGUUAUUCAAAAAGGCUGACCACCAACAUCUGGAACGCCUUGACUCUCGUUUAGUGUGACGAUUAGACACCUCGCCAAUAAUAUUCAGAUUACUGGAACGUUUACCCACAAAUUCAACCUCAUAAUCGACCAAGUAUCGGCUGGGCCAACUGUCUUGGGACAUUUAGCCACAUGUUUAUCAGUGCAAUCCAAUGAAUGGUGGCCAACAAUGUUGGAAUACAUGGGCUAACAAUGUUGGAAUGCAUGGGCCAACAAUGUUGGAAAGCAUGCUAUUAAACUUAUCAGCCUUGAACAAAUGCUCACCCAGGGCUUCAAGCACUUACAAGUAGUUAUCAAUUCAGGUGAUGGAUGAAUCUAAUGCUCUUUUCGAUUUCGCUGCGAUCUUAGCCUGUGCCACAGACGCAACUAUACUUCUGGUUACUAACUGGGGUUACAUUACGUCUGUAACGCAGGCUACAGCGACCUUAGUGAAUCUUACAUCAAUAUUACUGUUUUAAUUUCCCGUAACUUGCUUGUUUCAUCUUUAUUUUGGUAGAUAUUGCUAAUUUACGAAAGAAGUUUGAUGAAGACAAGAAGAGAAUCGCCGAAAUGAAGUCAGCGAGGAAAUUUAGACCAUACUGA